CGCGCAUCGCACGAGCUUACCACCCGUAAGCCGUCACCCUUCGCAUCCGUCGACCACGUAGUCGCACACACAACCGCCUCCACACCCCCCACACCUACAUCCUUCAAAAUGAGCACGCCUACGACCGAGACCCCCGUCGACGUUUCCUUCCACCUCGACGCCGGCCUCGCGAACGAAGAUCCGGAGAACUACCUCGUCGUGCACGAGCUCAUGGGGCGCGGGCAGCUCCUCAACGCGUACGAGGCUAAGCUGCAGCACCAGCACGGCGUCGAGUUCGGCGUGGGCAUCCUGAACAAGGGGAAGGCGCAGAAGCGCGAGAAGCGGCCUCCGACGCAGAUCGAGAUCAUGGCCGCGGUCGAGCGCGAGAAGCAGGAGAAGAAGGCCGCGAGGAAGGCUGCCAAGGAGGCGAAGGUCGAGGCGAGGAAGGCCGCGGAGGAGUUCGCCGCCAACGGCGGGAACAAGAAACUGAGCAAGAAGGAACGCAGGAAGCUCGAGAAUGACGAGUAAUAGACGCGCCCCGGGCGCGGCUAUGGACGGUCGCGCGACAGCUGUCGCCGCGGCGUCUGGAGAAAAAAAAAACUCCCGGCGCCGC